CUGGGCAGUGCAUUCCCUGUAACGACUCCGACAAACACAAGAUGAAGCUGGUCGUCAUUCUCGCCCUUGCAGCCUUGUCCGUGGCCGACAAGCUUCCCCUGACCAACCUUCCACCAGUAGCCAUCGUUAGAAGCAACCAGGUCAACCCAGACGCCCUCGGGGCCCACAGCUCAGACUUCGAGGCCGAGAAUGGCAUCGUCUUCCAGUUCUCUGGAUCCGAGGGCGCCACCGGGGGUGCCAACAUGAUUGGUUCUUUCAGUUAUCCCCAAGAGGAUGGCUCCCUGGCGUCAGUCUCCUUCGUGGCCGACGAGAACGGAUUCCAACCCCAGUCUGACCUCCUGCCAGUGGCCCCAGCUUUCCCCCACCCAAUUCCCCAGUUCGUCCUCGACCAGAUCGAAUUCGCCCGUCUCGAGGACGAGCGUAAGGCACGCGAGGGAGUUAAGGCCUAAGGUCUUCAAUCUAUCUUGACAUGUUAAGUCAAAUGCCCAACUCGAUCGAAGGCCCCCAGGAGGUGUAUACAUCUAUACAUCAUCACCCAGGGGUUUAUACGUUUUAUUUACAUGUAUUAUUUAUUCAUUCUGCAAGUGCAAUGCUUGUGAAUAAAUUAUAAGAAGUAA